CAAUGCUGGUGUUUGUGCAACGGCCCCUGAGUGGCGGCUGGCUCUCUCAGAUCGCUCUCGCUUGACUACCAUUGCUGCAUGCAUUGUUGAAGUGAAAGGAAAGUGGACAGCUUGAUCCUGUCUGUGGGAUGCACCGACAGAGUCCUUUGUUAAAUGCUGGAUUUCCAAUUGCUGUAAAAGAAUACCGGCAGUGGGACAGUCGAGAUUGGGUUUCGGUGUGAGGUACAACAACGCAGAAAGGCUGGCCAGAAGACACAGAUCCAACAUUGGUGGUUUUGGCCACGACAGAAAAAAAAAGGGCAUCCAGGGUGAAGAAGAAGAAGGCGGUCUAUUACUGCCAAAUCAAAAGACGCAGUGAGCUGCAUUUGUGGCGUGGGUGGGCAGGUGAGGGUUGAGCCGUGGUGACUACUUUGGGCUGCGUGCCAAAGUGUGGGAGGGAAGAGGAAGAGGAAAAGGAAGACGAAGAGGAGGGGUAGUUCGAGGAGGAGGAGGAGGAGAGGAGUAGUGGGCCUGGAGCCGAAACACAAGCAGGAUGGCGGAGAAGAAAGUUAGCAGCCUCCCUGCUAAGCUGAUUAAUGGGGGCGUGGCAGGCCUGGUUGGUGUGACAUGUGUAUUUCCUAUUGACCUGGCCAAGACCCGCCUACAGAACCAGCAGGGCGUCCAAGUCUACAAAGGAAUGCUGGACUGCCUGGCAAAGACGAUACGCUCGGAGGGCUAUUUUGGAUGCUACAGAGGUGCAGCGGUGAAUCUCACUCUUGUUACACCAGAAAAAGCCAUCAAGCUGGCUGCCAAUGACGUCUUUAGACAGAAGCUUUCUAAGGACGGGCAUUUGCCCCUGUGGGGAGAGGUACUGGCAGGGUGUGGGGCCGGGACCUGUCAGGUGGUAGUCACCACUCCCAUGGAGUUUCUAAAGAUCCAGUUGCAGGAUGCAGGAAGGCUUGCUGCCCAGAAGCCUGUUCCAACUCCGUCUCAGGCUGCUGCCCCUGGUCCAGCUCCAUCAUUGGUGGCCCCCCCACCAGCACGACGGAACCCUCCGCCUCGGCCCUCAGCCACCAGCAUCACUAGGGAGCUGCUGAAGACUCGAGGACUGGCGGGCCUCUACAGGGGGGCAGGAGCUACCUUAGUGAGGGAUGUCCCCUUUUCAAUGAUCUACUUCCCGCUGUUUGCCAACCUAAACGCGCUGGGCCGAGACGAUGCGCAGGCUCGGGCGCCAUUCUGGCAGUCCUUUGCGGCAGGCUGCGGCGCAGGCUCAGUGGCAGCUGUGGCUGUAACACCACUGGAUGUCAUUAAGACUCGUCUGCAGACCUUGCAAAAAGGUGAGGGGGAGGACACAUACAAAGGAAUCGUUGACUGCACACGGCGUAUCAUGACGCGAGAGGGUCCAUCAGCAUUCCUGAAGGGUGCAACAUGUCGCGCUCUGGUCAUCGCUCCUCUUUUUGGCAUUGCGCAGGGUGUCUACUUUCUAGGGGUAGGGGAGACGGUGCUAGGUUUUCUGGGAUAGCGGUGCUUGGCAUUGGUGGUGGUGGCUGUGUCGCUGCUUUAAUCUGCAGUGAAUGAAUGACACAACUGAGUGAACGGUGAAUACUGAGAGAGGGAAAUAAGGCCACAAUCUGCUAACCAAAGGAAGAGGAAUGGUCUGAGAUAUGAAGAGGAUCUAUUUACUAAUAUGUGGACUAAACGGGUUCACACUAAUCAUGUUUCUCUAGGUUUUUACAUGCUGUCAACAGGGUCCCAUAGGUUAAACAGGGUCCUGUGUAUGUGUGUGACUAAUCUGAGGGUAUAUGACCCAAAGUUGUCUGGGUUAUCCCGGUGUGCAUGCUGCAAUAUGUCUGGGACUUUCACCCGAGAGAGAUUAUUCUGUCUGGUUGUUAAAAGAGAGCUACUGCAUGUUGUUUGAGGCUGCUAACUAAAAUGCCAAUCUGACCAUUUGUGUGGUCACGACGAAGAACUGCGCAUCAUCCUAUGUAAGUGACAAAUCCCCUUUCGAUCUCCAUCAAAAGAUAAGAUUGCGUAACGUUUGACUUCAAAUGUCAUUUGGAUUUCAAUGUUUGAUGUAUUUCUCUGGAAAAAGGAGCUUAAUCUGCUUCUGCCUACUGUUAUGCGUUCCUCCCACUCUAUCCGUGAGGUCUGAGUUGUAAUCUUGGAUUCCUUCAGUGGAUAGGGAGGCGCUGUCUGCCAGAAACUCUAAGGUCAUUUGCUAAUCUGACGGUAAUGCUUUAAUCCUGGCAUUACCGUACAAUAUACCCUAACACACAGCUCACUUCCUGCCUAAAGGCCACAGGUUAGACUGCUCGGCCACUGUCUCAUAGCCUUGACUUCCUCCUCUCCACACACAGCUUGGAAGGGUUUUCAAUAAAACCUGCGAGAAGCUGAUUUUACUGCUUAGCUACACGUAAAAAUACAUUGCUUCAAAUUAUGUGCGCACAAUAACUACAAAAAAAUGCAUUUCAAGCCUUAUAAUUGCUGAUAGUUUCUAAAGCAUAAAAACUGUAAAGUCUUAAAUGAAUUGAAAAAUGUAUUUGGUACUUGAGUCCACCUUAGCGAGGACAAUUCUAUUUGUUAGACCCAUGGAGGGACUAUGGCACCUUGUCUGGCCAAUGGUUUGCCAUUACUAAAGUCCACUGGGUGACACUAAAAGAAAGCUUUUUUUUUUGUUGCUUUUUUUUUACAUUUUUAAUGCAAGACACAGUUCGAUGUGGCUAGUGUACCUACAGUAGGCUACUACAUUUUCCUCAUUGUAGAGUGAACAUAGCCUGAGUAAACGGUUUGUUUACAAGCUGUAAAUAAAGAUAUCUCAUACGUGCUCA